GUGCACACAUAUAUUUUAAACAUGCAGUAAUAACGAGUAAUUAUCUAACUUCCUUUGACAGCAUUUAUAAAUCGCCUAAAACGGAUUAUGACAUUUGACUGAAUAUGUGGCUAGUUUGAAAAGAAUAGCCUAAUAAUAAUAAUAAAAAAAAAAUUAAGACCCUGCAAACUUAUCUUCAAUCUGAGUGAACUUAAAAUGAAGAUAAGGUCCUGAAGAAAACCAAACGUUUAGAAGAUUUUGCUUUAAUCCUGCAGUCUGGAUCAUGAGUCGGUCAGUGGCACGCGCUCUUGACGAUCCUCGCGGUGCGCGUGCUGUGUGCUACAAGUAUUUGCAGGGAUGAACAAAGGAUAUCAGCGCAAAAUCUUACCUGAAAUAUAUUGAAGAUUCAGUUACAUCGUGGAUUUUCGGGGAAAGGAUCACAACGUGCUGUUUUGGAGGCAAUAACUGGCUUUUUCGAGGAGCUGUUUCCAUUACGCGCGAUGGGAGGUGAAUGGAAGUUGAUGAGCGCGCGCUAUGGUUCUUUAAAUCCAGUUUUAUGACAUGAAGUUUUUUUAUUUUUUACCUCUUUUGAUUACACAGCCAUGGAGAAGGGCAAAAGACUGUUGUUUUUCUUCCUUUUUUACUUGAUGUCAAAGUUGUACCUUAGUGAGCAGCAGGUCAUACGCAUUGGGGGCAUCUUUGAGACACGGGAGAAUGAACCUGUCAGCAUGGAUGAACUCGCCUUUAAAUUUGCAGUUACAAGUAUCAACCGAAACAGAACCUUGAUGCCAAACACCACGUUGACCUAUGAUAUCCAGAGAGUAAACCUCUUUGACAGCUUUGAAGCCUCCCGAAGGGUAUGUGACCAGCUGGCCCUGGGGGUUGCGGCGGUCUUCGGCCCCUCUCACAGCUCCUCGGUCAGUGCCGUCCAAUCCAUUUGCAAUGCCCUAGAGGUGCCGCACAUCCAGACGCGCUGGAAACACCCAUCCGUUGACAAUAAAGACAAUUUUUACAUAAACCUCUACCCUGAGUACACCUCCAUAAGCAGGGCUAUCCUGGACAUUGUCCUUUUCUACAAAUGGAAGUGUGUUACUGUGGUUUACGAGGACAGCACAGGACUUAUGCGUAUGCAGGAACUGAUCAAAGCUCCGUCCAAACACAACCUGAAGAUCCGUAUCCGCCAGCUGCCAUCAGGAGGAGGUGACAGUCGCCCCCUUCUGAAGGAGAUGAAGAAAGAAAAAGAGUUUUACAUCAUCUUCGACUGCUCCUACCAAGUAGCCGCCGAGCUUCUCAAACAGCUGAUGUCUAUGGGUAUGAUGACGGAGUACUAUCAUUUCUUCUUCACAACCUUGGAUAUGUUUGCUUUGAACCUUGAGCCGUACCGCUAUAGUGGAGUCAACAUGACAGCCUUCCGCCUCCUGAAUCUAGAUGAUCCAUAUGUGACUUCCGUGAUCCAGAAAUGGUCCAUGGAGCGCCAGCUGGCACCACCCAAACCUGAGAGUGGACUGAUGAGCGGCAUUAUGACUACCGAGGCUGCGCUCAUGUAUGACGCAGUGUUCAUGGUUGCUGUUGCGUCUCAGCGGGCCACGCAGAUGACAGUGAGUUCCCUGCAGUGCCAUAGACACAAGCCCUGGAGAUAUGGCCCGCGCUUCAUGAACUUGUUUAAAGAGGCUCAAUGGGAUGGUUUGACAGGACGGAUAGUCCUUAACAAGACUGAUGGUCUGCGGAAAGAGUUCAACUUAGACCUCAUCAGCCUCAAGGAGGAUGGCACAGCGAAGCGAGCGGCUGAUGCUGCAUCACGUCCAACUAAAUUAUGGACAAAGAUUGGAGUGUGGAACUCUUACACCGGCCUCAACCUGACUGAGAUGAUAGACAGCAAAAACAUCACAGACUCUCUGGCUAACAGAACACUUAUCGUCACCACAAUCCUGGAAAACCCUUACGUUAUGUAUAAGAAGUCUGACAAGGUGCUCUAUGGGAACGAUCGCUUUGAGGGUUACUGUCUAGACCUGCUAAAGGAGCUCUCCAACAUCCUAGGAUUCACGUAUGAAGUCAAGCUGGUUUCCGAUGGGAAAUAUGGAGCUCAGAAUGACAAAGGCGAAUGGAACGGCAUGGUGCGGGAACUAAUCGAUCAUAUAGCUGACCUGGCUGUGGCUCCACUAACUAUCACUUAUGUCAGAGAGAAAGUUAUUGACUUCUCCAAACCCUUCAUGACCCUGGGCAUCAGCAUACUGUACCGCAAACCAAAUGGCACCAAUCCAGGUGUCUUCUCCUUCCUCAACCCUCUCACCCCGGAUAUUUGGAUGUAUGUGCUGCUGGCCUGUCUUGGAGUGAGCUGUGUGCUCUUUGUUAUAGCCAGGUUUACGCCGUAUGAAUGGUAUAACCCUCACCCCUGCAACUCCUCUUCUGAAGUGAUUGAGAACAACUUCACACUGUUGAAUAGUUUAUGGUUUGGUGUUGCGGCUCUAAUGCGUCAAGGAUCCGAGCUGAUGCCCAAGGCUUUGUCCACCAGAAUCUUGGGAGGGAUUUGGUGGUUCUUCACUUUAAUCAUCAUAUCUUCCUACACGGCCAACCUGGCUGCAUUCCUCACAGUGGAGAGAAUGGACUCCCCAAUCGAUUCAGCUGACGAUUUAGCCAAGCAGACAAGAAUCGAAUAUGGAGCCGUGAGAGAUGGCUCCACAAUGACUUUCUUUAAGAAAUCCAAAAUCUCAACAUAUGAGAAGAUGUGGGCAUUCAUGAGCAGCAGGAAGAACACAGCCCUGGUGAAGAACAACAAAGAAGGGAUCACAAGAGUCCUGACCACUGACUAUGCCCUCCUCAUGGAGUCCACCAGCAUAGAGUACAUCACCCAGAGAAACUGCAACCUCACCCAGGUUGGAGGCCUGAUUGACUCUAAGGGCUAUGGAGUUGGUACACCAAUAGGGUCACCCUACCGGGACAAGGUGACCAUCGCCAUCCUGCAGCUCCAAGAAGAGGGAAAGCUGCACAUGAUGAAGGAAAAGUGGUGGCGAGGUAACGGAUGCCCUGAGGAGGACAACAAAGAGGCCAGUGCCCUGGGUGUGGAAAACAUUGGAGGCAUCUUCAUCGUGCUGGCUGCUGGUCUCGUGCUGUCUGUGUUUGUGGCCAUCGGAGAGUUCAUCUACAAGUCGCGCAAAAACAGCGAUAUUGAAGAGUGUGUCUCUUUCAGUGCUGUGAUGGAAGACCUGGGCAUAUCCCUCAGGUGCCACAAGGCGUUGAGGAAGAGAGGCAGACAGAGAGGAAGAGCCAGCCUGUCUGGAGUCUUAUGUAACCCCAAACGCAUCCAGAGGAAAGAGACAAUGGCCUAGAUCCACCUCCAACAGCAAGCAGCAGCUCUGCUUUUGACGUACCUGCCGGUGAAAUCAGUCUCUGAGACUGUUUGUUUUUUCAAUCAAUUGUUCAUGUGCUUUUUAUUCAUAAAUUUGCAGGUUUUUAUAUCAGUAUUAUGUGGAUUGUGUGUUGGUCUUGUGUUAAGUGCACAGGUAAUAUCCGAACUGAAAAUGAAAGGGAUAAUUUAUUUUGAGAUAUUUCUUAAAGUACAAGCACAUUGCAUUAAACGGUAGCAUUUUCUUGUGCUGUCCUUAAUGUAAUAAAUAAAAGCGUACAUUUUUUACA